CUUCACAACUUGGGCAAAUUAAACCUUAUGAAGGACAAUGCACACUAGAUGAUUUUAUUCAACAUGUUACAAAUGUUUUUGAAUCUGCCAGAAAUGUAAUCACAGCCGCCAAUAAUGCUAAUGCAGAGUAUGAUGGGAAUAAGUUUUCCCCAGUACCAGCAAAUGAUCCCUAUACAGGUGGUAAUCCCGCUAUCAAUACACCCGCUACAUUUACUGUUUGGCUACGUCAUAAAUAUUGA